AGAGGAAGAGGAAGAGGCAGAGGAGGACAUAGGCACAUAUCUGAUGAUAUGGUCCGAGCAAACAAUGCCAUGAGACUCAGGGAAAUACAAAGGACCGUUAUAGAAGCCAACGAUGUCUUUGAGAACAUCCAUACGGUUAGCAUCUCAACCAUCUACAGGGUGCUGCAUAGAAACCAGAUGAGUAUGAAACAGCUGUACCGUGUACCAUUCCAAAGGAACGAGGACAGUGUUGAGAAGCUAUGGUACCAGUAUGUACAGGUAAAACAUAUAUAUAUAUGUAACUACUUUACAGCAACAUUUUAUAGUUAUACAUAGCAUAAACCAGUUUGUCCUGUGUCUUUCCCAUGUGUUUCUCCCCAUUACAACAGUUAUAACUCUAAAGAUAAAGCGUAAAUGUCUCUGCAUGCAAAUGAAUGUCUGAACCACUUCCUCUAUCAGAUAAAUGCUUAGUAGAAAACCCAGCAGUGUCACAAGGUCUUCCCGUCAAGAAAUGUAAAACACUGACUUAGGCUUCAGUUUCAGUGUGUCAAUCACGAACAAGAUCAGCUAAAGAAAAGUUUGUUGAAAGUUUGGAACGAUAGAGGACCGGAUUUUGCUGAAAGAACUGUGUCUGAAUACUGAAACCAAACCACAGCAGUACUUGUGCACUGGAGGCUUCGUUCUUCAACCACCAGACCACCUAGGACAUCCAGUUACAGAAGUAACCUGAAUUGCAAAGCCAUUUCCUUUGCAAUUCAUGAGAUAGCGUGCGUUCUGAGAGUGGAAGUUAAAAGAGAUGACAGAAAUAACACAAGCUGUGAACAACACCUGUAACAAGGAAUCGCCCAGCAACAUGAAAGUCCUCCAGGGUUUGGCUUACCUUUCCGUGUUCCUGGUGGGCCUAGUUCUCAACAUAGUGGCUCUGAGCGUCUUCUUCGCCAAACGGGCCACCUGGACUGGAACACACAUAUACAUGCUGAACCUCUCUGUUGCAGACUGUGCCCUCAUCCUGUUCCUCCCCUUCCGCAUCUAUGACUCCUUCCUAUGUCUGUCCAAUCUGAACUUGUGCAGUAUUCUCAUCUCGAUUCAUUACAUCAACAUGUACGCCAGUAUCUUCACAGUCACUGCCAUCAGCAUCCAUCGCUAUGUGGCAGUUAAGUUUCCCUUCCAGACCAGAGCAUGGCAUUCGAAGAAAGUGGCUCGGUUUGUGUGUGGGGCCGUAUGGAUCAUAGUGCUGGCAAUAUCUAUCAUGUUCAGUAUAGCCAACUCACCCAGCCACCUGUCGUCCUGCUUUGAGAGACGUGAGAAGAUGCCUGUUGAGCUACUUGUGGUUCUAGAAGUGCUUGGGUAUCUUGUGCCACUCUUUAUUAUAAUGUUCUGUUCAAUACAGAUAAUUUUGGUUCUGCUGAAGAAGAAGAAUGAGGACAUCACUUUGGAGAAGAACAUUGUUGGCAUAGUAACAGCCAACCUGAUCGUAUUUGUGGUUUGCUUUACACCCAUACAUGUUGGGUAUCUUCUGAGAUACCUGGAUAGCGAUAACUCAUACAAUAUUAUUUGGCUGGUUUGUGAAUGGAUUGCUACAACAAACUGCACAUUCGAUUCCAUUAGUUACUACUAUUUGUUGAAAGUGUUUUAUUCUGAAGCCAGCAAACGUUAACAUGGCAUUGCAUUAACCACCAUUUUAACUGCCAUUAACUCAUUAUAAUGAUCCAAUAAAG